AUGUCAUUUUCUUUUUGCAAGGAGUACGGCAAGGACAAGGUGAUCUUUGUCACCAAGGAAGACCAUGCCACGCCCAGCACCAUCGAGCUGCCGCCACCGGAACAACCGGAGGGCGUGAUUACCAAGGAUGGGAAGAUCAACUGGAGUUGUCCUUGUCUUGGUGGAAUGGCCACUGGUCCAUGUGGCGUCGAAUUCCGUGAGGCUUUCUCCUGCUUCCAGGAUAGCACGGGCGAACCCAAGGGUUCCGAUUGCUACGAGGCCUUCACCAAGAUGCGCGACUGCUUCCAGAAGUAUCCCACCGUGUAUAACAAAUCCGGCGGAGAUGACGACGACGAUGAUGGAUUGGGUGAUGCCUUGGACACGGAUGCGGGUUCAGUUGGUGGUCCGAAAGCAGAUCCGCUGGCGGAUGUCGGCAAUCCAGGAGGCGGAGAUGAGGCGGUGACCCCCAAAAGCAACUCGGUGGUGCCCAAGGCCUAAAUGGGAAUAGUUCGUACAAAAUAAAGAAAACUUGUCAUAGUUUGAGGCCUAUCGGCUUCCAAUAAUAUUUACCAUCUAUCGUGACUUGAAAACACUUACCUGCUAUUACUAAUAAGAUUAAACUUAUAAAAAAGGAGUAAAUCAUACUAAAGUAAACAUAAAA